AGCAGUGGAUGGUUCCGAGCAGAAGCUGACGGAGCUAAACGGGGUGCCUGCCAAAAUAAGAUCGAUUUCAACCCAACUGUAUCAUACCUGAAUUGACUCACCCUUUCAGUAAUUCUGUUUUUGUUUAGCUACAGAUCUCUGAGACGAUGGCUCCGAUUUCGGCUCUUGCUAAGUACAAGCUGGUGUUCUUGGGAGACCAAUCAGUGGGCAAAACCAGCAUCAUUACUCGCUUCAUGUAUGAUAAAUUCGAUAAUACCUAUCAGGCUACCAUUGGGAUUGAUUUCCUGUCAAAAACCAUGUAUCUUGAAGAUCGAACUGUUCGCCUGCAGUUGUGGCCGACAAUCUUUCUUAAACACUGCAAAAUGGAUCGAAGAGGUUCGUACUGAGAGGGGGAGUGAUGUCAUUAUUGUUCUUGUUGGGAACAAAACUGACCUUGUGGAGAAGAGGCAAGUCUCUAUAGAGGAAGGGGAAGCCAAAGCCCGUGAACUUAAUGUCAUGUUUAUUGAGACCAGUGCGAAAGCUGGUUUUAAUAUAAAGCCGCUGUUCCGAAAGAUUGCUGCAGCAUUACCUGGAAUGGAAACACUUUCUUCAACCAAGCAAGAAGACAUGGUUGACGUGAACUUGAGGUCUACUGCAGGAAGCUCAUCACAGUCCCAACCUCAGUCAGGCGGUUGUGCUUGUUGAUGCAGCCUUCGCUUACGCUGCUCACCAUUUGUGAUCAGUUGAUGCUAUUCAGUUUUUCAUCCUCGCACUUUGAAUGUAAAAUUUUCCUCUAGUGUACUUUUCUUUUUCCUCACUGCUACUUUACAAGUUUGACAUUUAUUUUUUACAUGAGACAAAACUCUUUUGAAAUACAAGCAGCUAAAAGGCAAGGAGUACUGUACAGAAUUGGAAGAAUUUUUGUGGCAGGUUGAUUGAACUUGAGUUGUUCAGUGAGUGAACCAGCUACAGUCAUCUCUUUUCUUCCUUAUUAUCAUUGUUUAUUUUAAAAAUCUGUUUUCAGCUUACCAUGUUAUUAUGGGAUUUGAUCAUGAAUAUGAGGGGUCUGAAUCAGAAAUGCAUAUUUGGAAGAUAAUAUUUGACCAUGCGGUGAGCUAUCAAAACUUAUCCUCGGCUGUAGAACUUCAAGUUGUAAAUUUCAUAAGGUAAUAAAGUACUACUAAUCAGAAGUGGACAGCAUCUUAACUGACUAAUUUUCAAUUUAUCCUUACGUUGUCAAUGAGAAAGAAGGGUGUGUAUUGCAGCCAUUUUAAUCAUGAUCUUGACCUCGAGGAUUGAGCUCCCAUUUUAGACUUUUUGUCGUUUAGUACUUGUUAUACUGAUUUGCUAUUUCUAUUUCUGACGGAACCAUUCGGAUUGGAUAAUGGCCUACUUUGAACAAUAAAAGUUGUCAAGUUGU